AUAAAAAAAAUGAAAAAUAAAACACACAUGAACUAAUUAAAUUAUGUCAAAAAUGUUAAAAUUGACAAAUAAACAAUACUUGCCACACCAUGCAUUUUUUACGCUGCUUCUUUGUUAUCGCUGGGGUCAGUAGUGCCCAAUCAGCACGAACACACUUUCCAUCAUCUGCUUACCUGCGCCGCCUGCCUCUUUGUUAUCGCUGGCCUUGGCGGCUUCUCAACCUCCCAGCUAGGCUUUCAGCCGCCGUUCUCAGCUGCACGCCCUUCGUCAAUACCAGGAGAUUCCCCUCGGAAGCCAUGUCCAGAUCUCGAGUUUACGCAGACAUCAAUGUCGUUCGCCCCAAGGAAUAUUGGGAUUACGAAUCGCUCACCGUUCAGUGGGGUGACCAGGAUGAUUAUGAAGUUGUACGGAAAGUUGGAAGAGGAAAAUACAGUGAAGUGUUUGAGGGUAUAAAUGUCAACAGCAAUGAGAAGUGCAUCAUUAAGAUUCUAAAGCCCGUUAAGAAGAAAAAGAUUAAGAGAGAGAUCAAAAUAUUGCAGAACCUUUGUGGAGGAACAAAUAUUGUUAAACUCCUUGACAUUGUCAGAGAUCAGCAUUCAAAAACUCCAAGCUUGAUAUUUGAGUAUGUAAAUAGUACAGAUUUCAAGGUUCUAUACCCCACCUUAACAGAUUAUGACAUACGCUACUACAUAUAUGAGCUUCUCAAGGCACUGGAUUAUUGUCAUUCACAAGGAAUAAUGCAUAGAGAUGUCAAGCCUCAUAAUGUUAUGAUUGAUCAUGAGUUGCGAAAGCUUCGAUUGAUAGACUGGGGCCUUGCUGAAUUUUACCACCCAGGGAAGGAAUAUAAUGUUCGUGUGGCUUCAAGAUACUUCAAGGGUCCUGAACUUCUUGUUGACUUGCAAGACUAUGACUAUUCAUUGGAUAUGUGGAGCCUUGGUUGCAUGUUUGCUGGGAUGAUUUUUCGCAAGGAACCUUUCUUUUAUGGGCAUGACAAUCAAGAUCAGCUUGUUAAAAUUGCCAAGGUUCUUGGAACAGAUGAGUUGAAUGCAUAUUUGCACAAGUAUGGACUAGAGCUUGAUCCUCAGCUUGAAGCUAUGGUUGGGAGGCACAGCAGAAAGCCUUGGUCGAGAUUUUUCAAUUCUGAUAAUCAGCAUUUAGUAUCGCCUGAGGCCAUAGAUUUUCUUGACAAGCUGCUUCGGUAUGAUCAUCAGGAUAGGCUUACAGCCAGAGAAGCAAUGGCCCACCCGUAUUUCUUGCAAGUGAGAGCCGCGGAGAACAGCAGGAUGAGAGUGCAGUGAUUGAUGCAACCAGUCUUUGUGAUGGAUGGUCUUGAUGGAAAAAGAAUUGUGUCUGUCUUAUAACAAUUUGCAUUGGCUUGUUUGGUUCUUAAGCUAAAUGUACCAUUGGAGAUGUACAUCUUUUUUUUCCUCAUUUUUGAAAUUUGUGGAACGCUUGAGCCCUGGAAAUUUAAACUACAAGCGAUUUAGUGUAAGAUUUUCAUGAUUUUAACACCACGGUUUAUGUUUUAAUUGCACAAGUUGUUGUUUUCAUGUUUGAGCCCAAACUCCUCAGUCUUGCCCUGCAAGAAUCAAUUGGUGUUUUUGUG